AUGAUAGAGUACAACCGCAUGUGGGCGAGCGCAUCUUUUGUGGGGGUGCUCAUUAUCAUUGGCCUACCACUAUGGUGGAAGACAACAGAAGUUUACAGAGUGUCGCUACCAUACGACAAGAUCAACUCGUUCGACUCCUUGUCCCAUACGAUCACAGCAGAACUUACUGUAUUAGCUAAUGAUGACGCAACUGCCAGUGAAAUAGCAAACCUGAUAGAAAAAGCCUUUCAAGAUUCAACUAUAAUAAAGCUCAGGAUCCAGAAGUCCAUCCUCUCACAUUCACUGCACACAACCCUGGAUUCAGUAGCUGAUGAACACGAAGCUGUAGAAGAAGUAGCAUCACACUUUGAUCUUAGUCGACAUAACAGCUUUUACGUAGUGCAGAGGAAGCCGCUAUUCCAAGAUGUGUGGCUAGCUGGUGAAAGAGUUAUGUUCUUCAGAGAUUCUAAAGCCUCAAGCACGAUUGUGGAAGCAUUAAGAGGCAUAGUUUAUCAGCUAUCAGUGGUAGAAGGUGCAAGCUCAGAAUCAGCUGAUAUAGCUCGCCAGAUCAGGUUCCCGCCAGGGGCUGGAUAUCAUGUGGUGUUGUCAGUGGUUCAUCCUAGACCUGACGCUCUGAAGGUUGAUCUAGAUGCAGGAAACGCUAUUGAAGACUACAUUGGAUCUUUUGUUGAUGAGCUCAGCGUGCUCUACAACUUUACACUAAAGUCGCAGUGGCUACAUCUUUUGAAUUUUGAUUUCCAAUCUACAGAGAUAAAAGAUGCCAGCGAAUGGGGCCACCAUUUCGCCGUCCGUCAGGACCGGCUCCACUUACUCCUUACCAAGCUGGAAGAACGCACAGCUACACACGUGUCUGAACUGCCGACCAUUAACCUUGCGUUAUACGCAGUGCCGUGUGAUAAAGCACCGCUUGUUAUAUACGAUGAAUAUGAUCAGAAAAUAUCAUCACCUGUCCAGGCAUUUAUGUCGCCGAAAUGGGGAGGAGUGGUAUUGGCCAAUCCUAGUCCAAAAGAAUGUGCAGCAGACCAAAUCUUCCGGCCCGACGUGAGGGUCAUCAUGGGCACUUUUAUAUCGCAACUUCGGAAACUACUGGGCAUUACUGAUGCGGAACCUAUUAAAGGUCUGUAUUUAGAACCUUUGCGGUCUGUAAAACCCAGGCAGUGGGAGAUUGACAACUUACUCCGUAUCAAAACGACUGAGCAGCUGACAUCGGCUGAAAGGACACUCCAGUCUUUAGCGCAGUUACUUGGUGAAAUAUCGAACAUAGUAAUCAACGAUGAAGUGGGAGCCUCGAUCAAUUCAGCCGUGGAAAGCAUCCAGCGCGCCAGCGAUCUCAUGCGAGAGGGACAACUCGUGAACGCCUACAAAACGUCUCAGAACGCUUUCUUAGAUGCUGAAACAGCCUUUAUGGAGCCUAGCUUAUUAGCACUUCUAUACUUCCCGGAUGAUCAGAAGUAUGCGAUCUACAUUCCUCUGUUUCUGCCUAUCAUGUUCCCAGUCGUGUUGUCACUGAAAAACUUGCUGCUCUGGUUCCGCGGCAAGCCUAUUCAUAAGGAGAAAACUGACUGA